AUGAUCUUCCCAUCUCAAGGAGAAGGAAAGUGCGUCCCCAAAGAACAUCCCUUCAACUCACACUGUGCCCCCCAGUGUCCAAAGUACCUUUGCUCCUCCAGCCCUGGGAGAGGCGGGGCAGCUGCUGUCAUUGUCACAUUUACCCCUGAGCUCACGAGAACCGUGCUCCAAACCGGCCCUGAAAUCAGCUUGUCCUUUGCCCGCGCCACAGGGCAGGAGCCUGGCACAGGGGGGUGUCCCCCAGCGGGCGGCUGCAAUGAGAAGCGCAUGCUGGCCAUGCUGCCUCGCUGCGGCAAGACCUUUGCUGAAAGGAUGAAGAAGGUGGAGGUCUGGAAGUGGUGCAACUUGUCGGAGUUCAUCGUGUACUACGAGAGCUUCACCAACUGCACCGAGGUGGAGACCAACGUGCUGGGCUGCUACUGGCCCAACCCCUUGGCGGAGAGCUUCAUUGCUGGGGUCCACAGGAGGUUCUUCCAAAACUGCUCCGUGGACAGGCAGCACUGGAAGGACCCCCCAGACGAAAUUCUCAUCCCGCUCAUUGCACUGCCCAUCCUGCUGACCGUCGUCAUGACUGGCGUGGUGGUGUGGCGCAGCAAACGCACCAACCAGGUGGUGUGAGGGCCCGGUGAGUCCGAGGGGCCCUUCCUGGAGAAGCGGAAGAAAGUUCUCCAGGGCUGGGAGAGCCGGUGGACACUCUAAGGCUGCCCCCCACCCUGCCUGGGCGGCCUUUGGGCUGGUGAAAGAAAACGUGCCGCGGCUGGAGCCUGCGUGCUGGGCACAAGUCACCGCUGCUUUGCCUGCGCUGUCCCAGGCUGGGCUGGGGCCUCGGGGUUCCUAGCACUGAGUCCCGUGGUGCCCCAUCUGCAGCCCCGGCCAGACCAUGACCCUGCCCUCCCAACUGACUCUACCCCUGGCCCCAGCCCAGCCCUGACUCCACCCCUUGGCUCUGACUCCACCUCUGGCCCUGACCCCACCUCCAGCCCUGGCCCCACCCCCAGUCCCGACCCCGCCCCCAGCCCCGGCCCCACCUCCCACUCUGACUCCACCCCCAGCCCUGGCCCCACCUCAGCACCACCCGAAAGGGUGUGCCUAUUCCCACCUGGCUGGGGGUUGGGGGAAGAGAGAUUGGGAGGGAGUUUUUGUAGGUCCUCACUUCGCAGGCCUUGAGUCCUCUGGGUAGGGAGCCCACCUAGAGAUCUGGAAGACUGAGGGUUGGGUUGGGGGUUCCAAGGAGCCACAGCACAGCCUGAGACCUGCUGUCUGGGGCCACCACCAGGGGCUGGAGCUGGAUGGGCCUCCUUCCUAACGGCCCCCCGCUGUGAGCACAGCCUCGGGGUGGGGUCCCGUGUGCUCUUGUUCUGGCUGAGCUCUGUCUGCCAUGUCUGUACUUUC